AUGAAGGGAUCAACCAUGAAGAGCCUCAUCGCCGGCUCCGGCCUCGUCUCGUUGGCUGCCGCCAUCACCCCCAUCUCCGACUCCGACAUGACCAACCUGCUCAACGCCGGAGGUGUCGAGCUCGCCAUGAAGGCCCAGCCCAUGUGGUUCUUCGGCCAGGCCAUGAACCAGCCCCCGUGCAUCCCAACUUUCGCAACUCAGCCCGAUGGAUCGCAGACCGCUUCGGCUGCUCUUUGCGCCUACCCCAACGUUGGCUGCAACUGCCGCACCCCAGGCGUUGCCAUCGGGAACCCAUCGCCUUCAUUCCCUACCUACUACAGCUACGAGAAGUGCAAUUCUACCACCAUCCGAAUUCAGUACUCGCUGUUCUACGAGAAGGACGGCACUCAACCCGAGGGCAUUCUGGGCCACCCUUACGACUGGGAGCGUGUCAUUAUCGAGUGGGCACAGGGUUCAGAUGGAAACUGGGUGCAGAACCAGGCUCUGCUUUCUCAGCACUCCGGCUAUGGUCGAUUCAACUGGGCCGAUAUCCAGAACACUUUCAACACCGCGGAUGGUAGUCUUGCGUUAGGAGGUGACAACGGCCGCCAAAACCUCGACCACCCCAAGGUCUACGUUGCGUGGAGCAAGCACCCCAACUACGACGACCGUAACACGGGCUGGAACGACCCUCUCUCUCAGCUCGACGACAACGCUUUCCGUAGCCAGGACUGGUGGUAUUUCCCCGUUGCCUCUGACUACCUCCGUGCUGAUGGCUCGACCGCUCUGGGCCAGCUUCUCAGCAGCUACAACUGGGGCGACGCCUCUUCCAACCCCCCUUCCGUCCACAACAGCCUCUGCUCUCAAUAA